GUCCAUUUAUAGUCUUGCUCUUUGGGAUGCUGGAGGUGCUGAAAUAGCAAUGACAAGAGACUUGGCUCAGAGUUAAAUAUCUGCCGUGCUGGCCUGACACUCUGAGAUGACAAUAGGGAGAAUGGAGAAUGUGGAGGUCUUCACUGCUGAGGGCAAAGGCAGGGGUCUGAAGGCCACCAAGGAGUUCUGGGCUGCGGAUGUCAUCUUUGCUGAGCGGGCUUAUUCCGCAGUGGUUUUUGACAGCCUUGUUAAUUUUGUGUGCCACACCUGCUUCAAGAGGCAGGAGAAGCUCCAUCGCUGUGGGCAGUGCAAGUUUGCCCAUUACUGCGACCGCACCUGCCAGAAGGAUGCUUGGCUGAACCACAAAAAUGAGUGUUCAGCCAUCAGGAGAUACGGGAAGGUGCCCAAUGAGAACAUCAGGCUGGCGGCGCGCAUCAUGUGGCGGGUGGAGAGAGAGGGCACCGGGCUGACGGAGGGCUGCCUGGUCUCCGUGGACGACUUGCAGAACCACGUGGAGCACUUUGGGGAGGAGGAGCAGAAGGAGCUGCGGGUGGACGUGGACACGUUCUUGCAGUACUGGCCGCCCCAGAGCCAGCAGUUCAGCAUGCAGUACAUCUCCCACAUCUUCGGAGUGAUUAACUGCAACGGUUUUACUCUCAGUGAUCAGAGAGGUCUGCAGGCCGUGGGCGUGGGCAUCUUCCCCAACCUGGGCCUGGUGAACCAUGACUGUUGGCCCAACUGUACUGUCAUAUUUAACAAUGGCAAUCAUGAGGCAGUGAAAUCCAUGUUUCAUACCCAGAUGAGAAUUGAGCUCCGAGCCCUGGGCAAGAUCUCGGAAGGAGAGGAGCUGACUGUGUCCUACAUCGACUUCCUCAACGUCAGUGAAGAACGCAAGAAGCAGCUGAAGAAGCAGUAUUACUUUGACUGCACGUGUGAACACUGUCAGAAAAAACUGAAAGAUGACCUCUUUCUGGGGGUGAAAGACAACCCCAAGGCCUCUCAGGAAGUGGUAAAGGAGAUGAUACAGUUCUCCAAGGAUACACUGGAAAAGAUAGACAAGGCUCGUUCCGAGGGUUUGUAUCACGAGGUUGUGAAAUUAUGCCGGGAGUGCCUGCAGAAGCAGGAGCCAGUGUUUGCUGACACCAACAUCUACAUGCUGCGGUUGCUGAGCAUUGUUUCGGAGGUCCUUUCCUACCUCCAGGCCUUUGAGGAGGCCUCGGACUAUGCCAGGCGGAUGGUGGAUGGCUAUAUGAAGCUCUACCACCCCAACAAUGCCCAACUGGGCAUGGCCGUGAUGCGGGCAGGGCUGACCAACUGGCAUGCUGGUAACAUUGAGGUGGGGCAUGGGAUGAUCUGCAAAGCCUAUGCCAUUCUCCUGGUGACACAUGGACCCUCCCACCCCAUCACCAAGGACUUAGAGGCCAUGAGGGUUCAGACAGAGAUGGAGCUACGCAUGUUCCGCCAGAACGAAUUCAUGUACUACAAGAUGCGCGAGGCUGCCCUGAACAACCAGCCCAUGCAGGUCAUGGCAGAGCCCAGCAAUGAGCCAGCCCCGGCUCUGUUCCACAAGAAGCAAUGAGGACUGCCAAGUGGAGGAGGGGCAAUGUGGCUGGGGAGCUAGGGAGAGACUCUGGAGGUGGUGGGUCUCUGGGGAGAUCCCUGAUGAGGAAGUUGAGGUAAUGCUCAGCCCUGUUUCUGGGGAAAUUUACUGCCCUGUGUUUCCCAGUGCCAUUUUGGCUCAAUUCAAGUCAAUUCAAUUCAAGUUAACUCUAUCCCAGCCCAAACCAACUCCUCCUACAAAUAUUAUUGGAUAGGCCCUAGAACCCAAUAAAGGAGCUCCAAAUGUCGUUGGGUGGGGAAGCAAAAUGUAGAGAAACAUUUAAAGCACGCUGUAAUAAUAAAUGCAACUGUAAACUAUAUGGAGGAGGGUGCAGGGGUGGGAAUGUGUCUGGUGUGUGUUGUUUGUGUACAGUCAGGGUAUUACAGAGAGGAUGACAUCUGAGUUGAGGGUGGCAGGUGCCUAGAGUCUCAGAUGAGCCUGGAGUCUCAUCUGUGUAGGUGUCUCUGGGGCUGCUGGUCUCACCUGUGGUCUGCAACAGAUACAAUUGGCUGAGGAGGAUAUGUGAUGCUGUUUCCUGAGGUUGGUGUGGAGUUAUGAAGAAGGGGCUGUGUUAGGGCUACUUAGGCUCUACUCAGAGACCUGAAACCACUUCGGAAUGGUGCAUACGCAGGAAAUGUUGACUGGGGGCCUUGCCCAAACCACGUGAGAUCUUAAAGUCUGGAAAAAAAAAAAGGUCUGGGUUCCAACUAGAGCUCUAGAAAUAUUUUCAGAACACACAGAGAGGGAAUUAUUCCCUCCAUCACCACCCUCAUCACCAAGCCUUGUUGUUCCCUGUGAUUUUAGAUACUGUCUGAUAUUUUCCUGGCUAUUUGCCUAGUAGGAUUUAAAAAAUAUUUUCAGAAUGAAGAAAAGAGGGAAACUUGGAAAGACAUAUACCUAUUCAUCCUGGGCCCUUCAAAAUUGGCCCUUGGGGGCUUUGGUUACAUGUGCUUGGGUGGUCUUUACCAGCUUAGACUUUCUCAUGGCCCCACAUGAAGCUCCAUUCUCAAUACUGAAUAAUUAUUACUUCCCUUGCUGAACUUCUUUUUCUGUGAUGCCCUGGGGGCUUCUGCUCUUCUCACCAGAAAGAGCAUUUGAAUAUGGAUUAUUGUAUACCUGGGUUAGACUCUCUUCAGAGGUGUGGCCAAUUUAUUCUGAUCUCCUGAAGGCUGCUGUGAUUUCCAUCUGAGAAAUGAGGAUCUUGAGAAUUGACCAACCCCAAGAUUAGCCUGUUAUCCUGUUAUCUUCUGAGACCCCAAUUUCUCAUUAAUGUUUUGGGAGAUCCUGGAACAGAUUCCUUCAUUUGGGGCUGUCACCAAGACUUCUACAGAACCCAGGGCUACCACUGACCUCAGAGCCCUCCCUCACAUCCUGAAGUCAAUUAAUCCCACUGGGUCUUAUGUUUGUUAUCUCUGCCUAAAUGUUAGCUUCUCCAUCUGCACUCUCUCAUCCACAUGAUGACCCACUGUGUCCUUCUGAACACUGCCCAGUGGUUGAAAGCUUUGCAAAUGGGCCACAUUUUUGCAAAAUACUUGUGUCUGACAUUUAGGUCUUCUUUGAAGAUUUUCCUUUCUAGAAGGUUUUACGAGACGACUGAUAGUCUUUCAAGCUCCCACACCAUAGGCUUAGGGACGGCACUGAUAUUCUCCCAGGAAUCUAAUUGGUAUGUUCAAAUUGUCACUCUUCUACCUUCACAUAAAACUCCUCCCCCAAACCCUUUUCCCUUUUUUGUCAUUGUCAUCUGCUGAGCCACUGGUCAUUUCCCCAUAUUCAUGGUCUUUUUUUCCAUCCUAUCUUUCUAAUAUUUGUUGUCUUUAACAAACUGAGCUCUAUGUCUGUGCUCCUCCUCCCCUCUCAGACCAUUGGAACAUGAGUCCUUCUCCCUGCCGCAAGGUCCUCUGGACUCCUUCCCCUCCUUUGACCCCCAGACUUUGUUCCAUCUAUUAUUGCUUCUGCAUCCUGGAUCCUUGACAUUUCUCACCCCACUGGCCUUCUCAAGUGCAAUCAAUAAAAAUGCUGAGAACUCUUGGAUUGUAAUCUUUAUGACUAAGUGUUUUUAGUUGUGUAGUUAUUAUCUUCCUUUCUUCACUUUGCAUUUCUUCUUGAAUCCACUGCAGGUUGACUUCCACUCCCACCCCUCCACUAAAAGGGCUCUUAACCAAGAUCAAACCUAGUGGGUACUUUUUAGUUCCUAUGUGAUUUAGCCUUUCCGUGUCAGUCAACACUCCCAGCCCUUGAUUUCAGUGACCCACUCCCUUGCGAUGAUCUUCUGAUGUGGUUUCUCAGGUUCCUUCGCUGGUCCUUUUCCCCUGAUAUAUUAACAUUUCCUGGAGUUGGUUUUGCCCUUGAUUCAUUCUCAUCUCAUUCUGCACAUACUCCUUGCAUGAACUCCGGCAGGCCCUUCAUUUAAUGACCACCUUAAGGCUGAUGAUUCUCAAAUCUGUAUUCCCUGAUGUUGCAUUUGAGCUCCAGCCCCACUCAUCCGCUCAGAUGUUCUUGCAGGCCCAACAAACUCGUCAUGUCCAAAGUGAAACUUUUUCUCUUUUCUCUCUCCUCUCCCUUCAUCUGUUCCUCCUUAGAACACCACCCAAGAACCUCACCUCUUCCAUCAGAUUGUGAACUCCUGGAGGGCAGGAGCUGUGUCCCUCUAUUCAUCUUCCUAUCCCCAGAACCUUGCAUAGGUCCUGGAACAUGGCAGGUGCUCAGUAAAUGUGUGUUGAAUGAAUGAAUGAACAAAUGAAUUUGCUUACUUAUGAGCAAAAGAACCAUGAAACUGUAUUUGGAGUUUUUAUGUUAUAGCAGUCAGCAAAUCCUAUUAAAUACUUUGUGUUUCCAAGCAAA